GGGGCGUGAGGGUUGGGGUUGAAUACGUUUCUCAGGGAAUUGGGGAAGGAAAGCAAGUUUGCGUGCGGUUGCUGCAUUUCAUAAAGACCAAGAAAGGCCUCUUCUCCAACUCCCACCCCAGACCCUCUUGGAUGUGUAAGCGGGAAUUGGGGAAUGUCCAGCGGCGCGUCCCUGCUGCUCCGGUCUGCUGGUGCCUGGCGACGCGAUUCCGUGGUGACGUCCUUCACAAUCUUUUUUUCCCCAUGAGUGAAGACUUUUAAAUUCAAGGUCAUGGCAAAACAUCUGAAAUUCAUUGCCAGGACUGUGAUGGUACAGGAAGGGAACGUGGAAGGUGCAUACAGAACUCUAAACAGAAUCCUUACCAUGGAUGGGCUCAUUGAGGAUGUUAAGCGACGACGGUACUAUGAGAAGCCAUGCCGCCGGCGACAGCGGGAAAGCUAUGAAACCUGCCGGCGGAUCUACAACAUGGAAAUGGCUCGCAAGAUCAACUUCUUGAUGCGAAAGAAUCGGGCGGAUCCGUGGCAGGGUUGCUGAGGCCUGUGGAUAAGAGGCCCAGUAUGAAAAUCUUCCAGUUUAUGUUUCCACCUUUUCUUUUUUCCAAUCCCAUUUUCUCUUAUCUUCCUCUGCAAUAAAUUAAAUCUCAAAUAUGCAAGAAGGCCUGUGUAUGUAGAGGCAAUCCCACUAGUCAGCAAUGGACCCUCUCUAUUAUUAAGUGAAAGAAAAACUGAGUCAAAAAGUAGUCUAGAAGAGGUAAAAAAAAAAUUACUAAAAUAUUGUGUAAUAUAUCUCUCAUUUCCUACCCAUUUAUUAUGAACCCCAAAGCAAGAUGAUAUUAUUGGAGAAGCAUGUGCUAUUGUUUACUGAACUACCCUCCAACUGUUAGGUAAACAGAGGAAGCAUGUAUGUACUUGAAAUAAAUUUGGCUUCUGAAACACCCUUCAGCCUGACUAGAGUGCUGGAAUCCUUGCCCAAAGGAAUCCUUAAGACAAAUCUAAGCUAAUAUGCACUCCUGCUUUGUUCUCUGUUUUCAAUUGUCUUUAGUUUUCCUAUUGUUUUGGAGGCUAGGGAAGGGAUGGUAGAGAAGACAUAAAGCAGUAAAUAGGCUGUAGGAAAGAGAAAGGGGGAGUUUUGAGAGAAAGAGGGGCACAUAUUAUAUAGUAGUGGUUCUCAAAAUGUGGCCCUUAGUUCAACAGCGUCAGCUUUACUGGGAAAUUUGUUUGGAAUACAAAUUCUGGAACCCAGCUCUAGACCUUCUGAAUCUGAAAUGGGCUGAGCAAUCUAAACAAGCCCUCCAGAUGAUUCUGAUGCAUGCUGAAGUUUGACAACAAUUGCCAGGUGGGGGUGUUCCCCCCUCCCAGCAGACCCUCUCCCAGCAGGCACUGCUGGAUAUGUGACUUUGCCAGCUGGGGGUUUCUGACCACUGUGGGAAGAACACCUGUUCUGCUUCCUCUCUAGCUGUUUGUUUCCUCUGGCAUUGGUCCCCUGACAGCCAUGCUGCUAGUAUAAGGGAAGUGGCACCAACCCCCGCAGGGAGGUGCAGGCGGCCAGCCCACCCCUCCUCACCCAGGCUGCAGCCCUCUCAGCAUGGUGUAUAAAAAGGAAAUAAACAGAGCAGACUGCCAAGCGUCCUUCCUCUCUAGUUUGCUAGUGUUCAAACAUUGCCCUCUUGUGGUAAAGGAGAGUGGUUUAAGAUUUUCUCUUGACUUAAUUCUGUCUUAAAUAUCUUUUCUCCCUUUCACAGUCAUCAUAAUUAUUGAUUAAUUAAGCAAGACCUGCUUAAUUAGGUAUGUUGGCACCACAGUGGCCCUUGCCUCUCAAGGCACAAUCGUCUUUCCCCCAUCAUUAGCAAUAAGGCCCAGGUGAAUAAAGCAUAUUUUUGGGCACUGCUUAGCUAUAGCUUAAAAAUAAUGGAUUGUGGAUGGAGAAAUUCUAUGUACAGGCUGUAUUCUACUUUGUUACUUUUGUACAGCCUGUACUUUCAAGUUUGCACACUGAUACUUCUAAAUCACUUUUCAAUUGCUGUGUUUGUUUAGUAUAUCACUUUUCAAUAAUUUUGAGUUAUGGCCUGGUGUCACUUCCUGCCAAUUGCUUUUGCUGAAAAAUAAAGGCUUGGCCUCUGCCAAUGUUGUAGAGCAUGUAUAUGAUAACAGAACCAGACGUACUUGGCAGUAUUCCUCUGGGCCUAAAGUUGCUUCCCUUAAAAAUACUAAUGAUUGACCAAGAGCUAUAAUUUGCUUGUCUGUGAUAGUAUUCCCUGCUUGUCCUAAUCUCCAGUCCUGACCAUUGUCCAUGCAGGUAGCCAGUUGAGAGGCCUUUUGUGUAAAAGGAAAUAGCUGUCUGGAGUCCCAAUCUGCUUGUUUUGUGAUGGCAGGGAGAAACACUUUCUUCCACUCCCUGCUCUGUGAAGCUAGAAGAUAACCUGCAUGGUGGUUUAGUAGGGGUUUCCUUAAUCCUUUAUCCCUACAUUGGGUUCAGGGGACGGGUGGUUCGGUAUUUACCCAAUUACUGGGUGAUAGAUGCAGUACCUCUCACCCUGAUCCUGGGCCCUGGUGAAAUUUCUCUGCUGUCCACUGGAUUGCCCCUGGCAGGCCUGCUCCAAUUAUAAUUUGAGUCAUAUUAUAAUGUUGUUUAAUGCUCUGGAAACAGGUGCAUCUUUAAAACUGGAACUCAGUUGAGGAACUAAGAAAUAAAGAGUUUGCCUAUAUGUUAACUGAAAAAUACCUAGGAAUGAUAACGCACUGUUCACUAACAAAGAAAUAAUGGAGGUAAUUGAAGGGAAAGGAAAAGGUUGGAGCUUCCACUAUGUGCCACUAGGUUACAUACAUAAUCUUUUACUAAAAAAAAUCUAAAUUCAGUAGUGAUUUUCUCAAGUUAUUUAAUAAAAACCCUUGUUUUCCCUGUAAAAUGGAGAUAGUGGUAUCUGUAGGUUUGUGAUGAGGCUUAAAUGAGAUAAUGUAUGUCAAGUACUUUGCAUAGUGUUUCACACAGAGUAAGAAUUCAAUAAAUGUUAGCAAUUAAUCUUAGUUGUGUCACCCAGAAAGCUGAUCUUUAGUUCCUCUUCCUCACUCAACCAUCCACAGCAUCCAUUUAAUCACACAGUCCUUUCUGGCACUUUAUGACUGCAUGCCAAAACCCUGGUCCCAGCUACCACUGUAACUUUUCUGUAGAUACAGUCACCAUUUGAUCCAUCUCCCUGCUUUACUGUUGAGCUUGACUCCAAUCCCUUUAUACUUUGGCCAGAAUGAUUGUUCUAAAGUGCAGUGCUUCUCUUGUCACUUUCAUGCUUAAACUGGUACUUGGUCCCCAUUGCUUUCAAAAUAAAAUCGAAAGGAGAUUUGCCAUUUAGCUGGGCA